GAGAGUCUGGAUCUGAAGCUGAAGGGAGGUUACAGGAGAGGAGAGCAGGGUCUGUGUGUUUCUUCUGAAGAUGGAGCGUUUGUUUCUGCUUUGCUCUUGUCUGCUGGUGACAACAGUGACUUCCCAACACAGUGUAUGUUCCCGGCCUAACCUGCAGGGUAACAUUGAGAUGGCUGGCAUCCAGAGGUUCUUCAACCCCGGUGUGGAGUUAGCUCUGUCCUGUAAACAGGGAUACACUCCUGUGUUGGGCCCGCGCAAGAUUGUUUGUACUAUCAAUGGAGAGUGGACAAACACCAAAUUAAAGUGCAUACCCAAACAAUGUCCACAUCCUGAGCUAAUCACUAAUGGUGAACUGUAUUAUGAGGAUACAGUUUUCCAGAGUACAAUCAACUACACCUGCCAUGAAGGCUAUAUAAUGACUGGACCCAGCUCAGCAGUGUGCCAGGCCAAUGGAACAUGGAGUACACCUGCACCAGAGUGCAUACCUGUAUCCUGUGGUCUCGCUCCAGUCCCACUGUACGGAAUGGUAAUCUAUGAUAAGGCCAUCAGAGGAACCACAACCAAUUACGGCGUCACAGCAACUUACAUUUGUAAUCCUCCAUACGCUCUUUUUGGCAACCCGUUUGCAGAGUGCACCGCCAGUGGAAGCUGGACCGAGACACCUGAGUGUCGAGUUGUUACAUGCCCUCCACCAGAGAACAUUGAUAGAGGUUAUAUGUCAGCCAAUGAUAAGAGAGAGUUUUUCUACAGGGAAACAGUCAAAUAUGACUGUGAAAGCCCAUAUGUACUGGAAGGAAACCUGGAGACUGUUUGCCAAAAAAGCGGAAGGUGGUCUGAAAAACCAUCGUGCAAAGCUCCUUGUGCUGUUGCCAUUAGAAAAGCAAAAAUAUUAUACAAAGGAAAGAAAAUCUGGAUUAAAGACUUGGAGCCUAACCGUGUCUUACACCUUGAAAUCAUCUCGGUCUUCUGCAUGAACAAAGCCAUGGGAUGUGGUUAUGAAGUGUCAACCCAGUGCAUUGACGGGGUGCUAAAAAUCCCUGAAUGCUUUGAAGGCAAAGUAUUGGAUUUGUUAAUAUAG